CGCCUCGACGACCCGAGACUCCAACGCCAUCAACUCUCCCCUCUCCCCUCAUCCACAAAAUGUCCGCCCUUCGGAUGCGGCAGCUGGCCGCCAAUUCUCAGUUCGCCAGGGCUUUCAGGCCCCAGACCCGCGCCUUCUCUUCCUCCAGGCCGGUCUCCAAGAUCUUCACGAACGAGCCGCUCCGCGCCAAGGAGGCAUCCCCCCAUGUCAGCCACAAGUACCCUGUAAUCGACCACGAGUACGAUGCCAUUGUUGUUGGCGCUGGUGGUUCCGGUCUUCGCGCCGCCUUCGGUCUGGCUGAGGCCGGCUUCAACACGGCCUGUAUCUCCAAGCUGUUCCCCACCCGUUCCCACACCGUCGCCGCCCAGGGUGGUAUCAACGCUGCGCUUGGAAACAUGCACGAGGACGACUGGAGGUGGCACAUGUACGAUACCGUCAAGGGUUCGGAUUGGUUGGGUGACCAGGACGCUAUCCACUACAUGACCCGCGAGGCCCCCGCCUCUGUCAUUGAGCUCGAGAACUACGGUUGCCCCUUCUCCAGAACCGAUGACGGCAGGAUCUACCAGCGCGCCUUCGGUGGUCAGUCUCAGAAGUACGGCAAGGGUGGCCAGGCCUACCGUUGCUGUGCUGCCGCUGACAGAACCGGCCAUGCUCUUCUCCACACGCUUUACGGUCAAUCCCUUCGUCACAACACCAAGUACUUCAUUGAGUUCUUUGCCACCGAUUUGAUCAUGGAGGAUGGUAAGUGCAAGGGUGUCAUUGCCUACAACCAGGAGGAUGGUACCCUGCACCGUUUCCUUGCCCACAACACGGUCUUGGCUACCGGUGGAUACGGCCGUGCCUACUUCUCUUGCACCUCCGCACACACCUGUACCGGUGAUGGUAUGGCUAUGGUUGCCCGUGCUGGUCUGCCUAACCAGGAUUUGGAAUUCGUUCAGUUCCACCCCACUGGUAUCUACGGCGCUGGUUGCUUGAUCACUGAGGGCUCUCGUGGUGAGGGUGGUUACCUCCUCAACUCUGAGGGUGAGCGUUUCAUGGAGCGUUACGCUCCCACUGCCAAGGAUUUGGCCUCGCGUGACGUCGUCUCUCGUUCCAUGACCAUGGAAAUCCGUGAGGGCCGUGGUGUUGGUCCUGACAAGGACCACAUUUACUUGCAGCUCAGCCAUCUGCCUCCCGAGGUCCUCCACGACCGUCUCCCUGGUAUCUCUGAGACGGCUUCCAUUUUCGCUGGUGUCGACGUCCGCAAGCAGCCUAUCCCUGUUCUGCCCACCGUCCACUACAACAUGGGUGGUAUCCCAACCAAGUACACUGGUGAGGUUCUUACCGUUGAUGAGAACGGCAAGGACAAGGUCGUCCCCGGUCUUUUCGCUUGCGGUGAAGCCGCCUGUGUCUCUGUCCACGGCGCCAACCGUCUGGGUGCCAACUCCCUGCUCGACCUCAUCGUCUUCGGCCGUGCUGUUUCCCACACCAUCCGCGACAACUUCACUCCUGGCCAGAAGCAUGACCCCAUCUCCGCCGACGCCGGCGCCGACGCCAUCGAGGUCAUUGACCAUGUCCGUACCGCCGACGGCCCCAAGUCGACCCACGAAAUCCGCUCUGCCAUGCAGAAGGUCAUGCAGACCGAUGUCUCCGUUUUCCGUACCCAGGAGUCGCUUGACGAGGGUGUGCGCAAGAUCAACGAUGUCGACCAGACCUUCUCGCAGGUCGGCACCAAGGACCGCAGCAUGAUCUGGAACUCUGACCUGGUUGAGACUCUAGAGCUGCGGAACCUGUUGACGUGCGCCGUCCAGACGGCCGAGGCCGCCGCCAACCGCAAGGAGUCGCGUGGCGCGCACGCCCGCGAGGACUUCCCGGACCGUGACGACGAGAACUGGAUGAAGCACACGCUGACGUGGCAGAAGAAGCCGCACGGCAAGACGGAGCUGGGCUACAGGUCUGUCGUUGGUACGACGCUGGAUGAAAACGAGUGCAAGGCGGUGCCGCCGUUCAAGAGAACUUACUAGUUUAUUCUUAUUUUGGGAGACUUAGUGUACAUUUGUCCUGUUAGCAAUUAAAGGCGCGGCUGUUGAUCUGCUUGUAUCCAUCCAACUUCUGAACUCUGCUCGUUAUCAGUGAUUAUAAUUAUCUACUGCUCCGCCUUACUACGGUUACAGCGGGACACUGUUAUUCAUAUCCCUAUGGUGAGUAGUAUCUCUGUAGACGUAGAAGUAUUUCAAAUAACUCC